GUCGGAACAUGUUUUGUGGUCAUGUGUAAUGGUCGGGAGCGGCGUUUUAAGCUAUUUCAUCGACACCGGGAUCAAUUAUCAGACAUUUGGGAAUCACAUCAAUAUGCGACGAAAGUGAUUUCCGAUGUUCAAAUGGUACGUGCAUCAGUGCCGAUUUAGUUUGCAAUAACUUUCACGACUGCCCAGAUGGCGCUGAUGAAGAAUUUUGCAACACUAAGUUGGAAUCAUACGAGAUGGCAGUCAAAGCUCGCCUAAGGCCGAAGAGACAAAUAGGGUGUCGUAAAACGGAGUUCCAGUGUUUGGACCAAUCCUGCAUACCUGGCCAUGAGAAGUGCGACGGGAAAUAUAAUUGUAAAGACAAGAGUGAUGAAACUCAUGCACUGUGCAGGAAUAUUAAAUGUCGUUCAAACCUGUUCACUUGUAUGUAUGGGGCCUGUGUUGAUGGAGACGCUGCAUGCAACGGCGUCGUUGACUGCGUAGACCGAUCAGACGAACUCCUUCCUAAAUGCGGGAACAAAACGAGAAUUCAUAAAGGUCAAUUCACAUGUUCGGACGGAACCAAGAUUCCUUCUUCAGAACUCUGCGAUGGAGCCGUAAAUUGUCCAGAUAUGUCUGACGAGGUGAUUGAAUCUUGCGCCGGCGUGCGGUGCCCGAAACACGUCUUCCAAUGCGCAUACGGCGCCUGCGUCGAUCGGGAUUCAGAUUGUAAUGGAGUAAAGGAAUGUGCAGAUGGUUCGGAUGAACACGAAGAACUAUGUUAUACCCCAGCGAACACCAUCCCUGAUAUCACCUCCAGAUUUAAUCUCGCCAAAAAAUGCAAAUUGCCGCCUCGACCUGAUCAUGGAACAUACGAGGUGAUCGAAUUACCAUCGUCUGCACUCCUUACCAUAACUUGUAACCCUGGCUACGCCGUGGUUGGCGACAACAAAGUCUAUUGUAAUGAUGGAAACUGGUCGGUAAAUGAGACUAAAUCUCUUUGUGUUCGACAUUGUACGUUAAAUAGCCACCCAUCAGUGAAUUACCGCUGUAUAUUGAGUGGACAUAGUGUGGGUACUCGUACCUGUAACAACAAAGAACCUGUAGGAACCAGAGUCGAAGCGCAAUGUAAACCCAACUACUUUUCUAGAGGUACUUUCCUCAUCAUGAGUUGCAAUGAUGACGAUAGAGGAUGGAACCAUAUAGUUACAUGUGUCCCAGAAUGUGGUCGUUUAACUCCGAAGGGAAGCAGUUUGUCUAUAGGAGGACGGAAUGCCCUCCGUGGAGAAAUAUCUUGGCAUGCCGGAGUCUACAGGAAAAACGUUUCGGACUACAUGCAAAUCUGUGGAGGAUCGAUAAUAUCCGCGAAACAUAUAAUCACAGCCGCGCAUUGUUUCUGGGAUAAGACGACAAAAAAAUUCGAAAGACAUGAUUUGUUUGCGGUCGCCGUCGGCAAAUAUUAUAGAAGUUGGGACAACGUAAAGGAUACAGAGGCGCAGAAAUUUGAUGUAGAGUUAAUCUCUGCACCGGAGCUGUAUGAAGGUAGCUUGGGCAAUGACGAUAGGGAUAUAGCAUUAGUGAAAUUGAAGACUUCGAUAAUGUUCACAAAGUAUGUGAUGCCUAUAUGUCUCGAUUUCGGCGAAGAUUUUCUAGAAAAACAAUUGCAACCCAAUAACAGAGGAAGAGUGGCUGGUUGGGGAUACAUAUCACCAGAUGGGAGGAAUCAAGAAGUUCUAAAAGUUGUUGACUUGCCAUACGUACCUCUCCCACAGUGUAGGAAGAUGACUCCGGAUAACUUCAGGGAAUUCCUUGGGACGGACAAGAUCUGUGCUGGUUUUGAUAACGGUACUGCAACACUGUGCAAAGGUGAUAGUGGGGGCAGCUUGGCGUUCCCAGAAAAUGAACAUGUUGUACUGCGGUUUUAUUUAAGAGGGAUUGUAUCCAGUGCACCUAGAUCUGAGGAUAAUUCACUAUGCGACCGUAACGCGGUAAUAGCAUUUACCAAAAUAAACAGCUAUAAAAAUUUCAUUCAAAAGAAUAUCUAUUUUUAAUUCACAUAAAAAAUGUACCGUUGGAAAAACAUAGAUGGCGUUGUUCUACAUUACGGUGUUUACACUGGUCUGUAAUAGAUGGCGGUAAUUCAAUAAUUGUUUUGUUAAUGAAAA